GUUUAUGUGGCAACUUUGGCGGUUCAUGGGCCGCAGAUUGCCGAUUUUCGUUGUUCUAUUUAUUUUAAUAAUAAACGUAUAGCUUAAUUUGUUUGUAAUACAACAGAUAAAGUGAAAUCUUCUGUUCAUUAACGUCCCGUGCUGCAGAAAUAACCUGAUAUUAAGUACAUUUUUACAUACGCCGUAAAUAAGGACAGCCAUCAGGUUAUUAUGUUACUCAACAAAACCAGGCUGGUGGGCUUCACAAAUCGCUCGCGGAAGUGCAAUAUGGAGAUAAAUUCCACGUCAGACGUAGUAAUUUUGAGUGGUAACUCGCACCCCGAGUUGGCUGACCUAGUUGCGAACCGCUUGGGUGUACGCAAAGGAGGAUGUUCAGUCUACCACAAAACAAACAGGGAAACUAUGGUCGAAAUUGCGGACUCGAUUCGCGGCAAGAAUAUUUACAUAGUACAGACUGGGACAAAGGAUGUUAACAACAAUAUAAUGGAGCUACUUAUAAUGGCAUAUGCUUGUAAAACGUCGUCAGCACGCUCUAUAGUUGGUGUCAUUCCAUAUCUGCCAUACAGCAAGCAAUGCAAAAUGAGGAAACGUGGUUGCAUCGUAACUAAGCUGCUUGCCAAAAUGAUGUGCAAAUCAGGUCUCACUCACAUCAUAACCAUGGACUUGCAUCAGAAAGAGAUACAGGGCUUCUUUGAUUGUCCCGUUGAUAAUCUGAGGGCAUCGCCUUUCUUGUUGCAGUAUAUUCAGGAAAGUAUCCCAGACUACCGGAACUCUGUAAUAGUGGCACGGAACCCUGGCUCUGCUAAGAAAGCCACAUCAUAUGCGGAGCGGCUGCGGCUUGCCAUUGCAGUGAUACACGGAGAACAGAAGGAGGCGGAAAGUGAUGAGGUUGACGGUCGAUACUCACCGCCUUGCAUGCCUAGUGUGGACAGAUCCAGAACAAUGGAUGUGUCUGUUGGAGUCCCUGUACACCCUGCCAAAGAGAAGCCCCCCAUUAACGUAGUGGGGGAUGUAGGAGGCAGAAUUGCUAUUAUGGUGGACGACAUGAUCGACGACGUACAAUCAUUCGUAGCUGCGGCAGAAGUGUUAAAAGAGUGUGGGGCAUACAAAAUCUAUGUGCUGGCAACACACGGGCUGCUGUCAUCCGACGCACCGAGACUCAUUGAGGACUCCUCCAUAGAUGAGGUGGUGGUCACCAACACUGUGCCCCACGAGCUUCAGAAGAUGCAGUGCAACAAAAUCAAGACUAUCGACAUAUCAGUGUUGCUAAGCGAGGCGAUCAGACGCAUACACAACAAAGAAUCCAUGUCCUAUUUGUUCAAAAACGUCACACUUGAGGAUUAAUAAGUAUAUGCCACUAAAGUUGGAUAUAUGGCACCUUAUGCAACUCAUCUCAUUUAAACUUUAAAACAACAGCAUAUUAUAAACUGUAAGUGUAAAUUUUAUUGUAAUAUACAUAAAGCAGUAUCGUAACUAUAGAACUGUACAGCUGGCAAAAUGCCACAGGCCCACAGCUUCAAUGGGAUCCUAGCACUAAAUAUCAUAAACAGAAAUAAUCUAAUAUUAAAAAAAAAAAUGUGUCUCAGUACACUCGACAGAAGUGAUAACUUAAACCUGCUGCCAAGUGUGAGAGAAAGGGAAGCCAGACAGCCGUAACGCGUUACGUUACGAAUCGGUUUAUCCUCUCACAAGAAGUGAUCACUUCAGAAAUACAAUGACAAAAUGAUAUUUUCCUGGGACCCAGGCCUCGGAGGCUUUGGUGAUAGUUACGCUACUGCAUCAAAGUAUUAGUGUAAAUUGUUUAUACAGAUCAUCAGAAUUUUAUAUAAUGAAAAAAAAUGUAACAUUUAAACCUAGAAAACAAAAACAUUCAAUAAGGGUUCUGUAUCUUUGAUAUGUCAUACAAACAUUGAUGAUAACAAGUAAUGCAUUUUUUUAUAACUGAAAAAAGUGCAUUUAGCAGAAAAAGGUAUCUACAAACUAUGAUCGAUGCACAGGCAGUUUUUCGUUUACAUAUAGAACUAGUGACUAAAACUACAUUGUAACUCAAGUGUCGUGAGUGUACCAUUUUAAAAUAUAAUUAGCAUUGUAAGUACGUAUUUUAUAGUAUUAACUGAAGUAUGGGAAACUGUUAGUAUUAAUUUCUCUCACUUUAUAAGUUGUUUUUAAGUAUUAUUCUUUCCACAGUAAUCUCUAUAACACACAAGACAACUUCAUAUUUUGCAAGCAAAAUUACUUUUUUAUGUUGCCAGGUUAAAAAAGGAACAAAUUAGUUGAUAUGUCAUACCAUUUAGUUAAGACUAAAGCAAUAUAAUAUACUAAUUGAAUAAUGCUUAAGUAUUAAGUAUUAGUUAAAUUCGUAUGAUGUAUGUAAGUAUCUAGGGUAAUAUAAAAAUCAAAGGCAUCAACGGUAUUUUCACAAGUUUGUUACAUUGAUAAAGGUUGUUGAGUGUUGAGGGGACUUGGAAUGCUUUUACGGUAAAUAUUUUUGAUUCAACAAAUGAUAAUUUCCUUUUCCUAGCACUUAUAUAAUAUUAUAUUUAUAUUUAAGGGUAAUUACCAUUAAAUAUAAAUAAAAAUAUAAAGACUAUAGGGUAUAUAUAAGUUUGUUUUGUAAUGGUGUUAAAAAUUUGGUCUGCCAGUGACAUUUAUGACAUAAAGUACUGUGAUUUUUGUAUCUUACAAUGUGAAUCAAAAACUACAAAUAUGUUUACUAAAGUCCAAAGCUUUUAUAAAACGUAAGAUAAUGUAUAGAUUAGUCUUAAAUAUAUGUUGUUAUUGAUAUGUAGGUAUAUUAUUUUUAUCUCAUUAAAUAAUUUUGUGGCA